AUGGGUUCGCCUGCCACCUCCGAAACAGGAACGGAUUCUCUUGUGUCUGAGUAUCGUGACGAUGAAGAACAGCAAUCGGUAACCCUUGAAGGCUUGUUUGGUCAAUUGUCCCGUGAAUCCCAUCGGAUAAAUCAAAACGGAUCAAGUCAAUCUCCUGAAAAUAGCUUUUCAAGAAUCCAAAACUCUAUAUCAAAAUUGCCUAAGCUUGAGAGCCAAUUAGAAAAUAAGCUCACUCAAGAACUGAAUAAGAAACUAGCAUCGGCUUCUAAAAGAGACAUCGUUCGGAUAAAUGACCCCAUUUCCAGCAAAAAAAUAGACACUACAAUUAAGGAAGAUAGCGGAUCCAAGUGGUUUAAUAUGCCACAGCCAGAGAUGACCGCAGAAAUAAAAAGAGAUCUUAAAAUUAUACAACAAAGAGCAGCAUUAGAUCCUAAAAGACAUUAUAAAAGAGAUAAAUGGCAAGUGCCCAAAUAUUUACAAAUGGGAACAGUGGUGGGAGGACCCACUGAUCAUUUCAAUAAGUUAACCCGGAAACAAAGAGGUACAACUUUAGCGGAAGAAUUAUUACAUGAUGACACCACUACCAAGUACUUCAAGAGAAAGUAUCUGGAAAUCCAAGUUAAAAAAACUAGUGGUCGUAAAGCUCACUAUAAGAAGGUCAAGGAGAUGAGAAAGAAGUAUUAA